GGAAUGCUGCUUUCGUUGUGUACACUACUUUGCGCGCAAAUGCAUCACGUGCUCGCCGACUUGCCCUUCUACCCUGAAAUUGAUGCCACACUUCAAUACUACCAGGAUCUCAGCACGUGCUCACUUGACAAGGUGGAGUGGAGUCUCGUGUACAGAAACUUUCAUGACGAUGUGUACUUCGGAAGUAUAAAAUGUAUCAGGUUUCAUGACCUUGGAGUCUGCGCAGAAUAUGCCACGGCGAACCUCUCGCUAAGGGGAAACUGCAACACAACCCAUGUGAUCAUCCUUGGUUCUUCCUGGAACUAUACAGCCAAGAACUUAAUAAUCACUGAUACGAGUGAAUUAAACAGCAUUGUGGAAAUGCACGUCAUAUUUAUAGACUGUCAGCUGUGCAUUGUACUGCGACACCCGUAUGCUAAUAACGGUUAUGGAUGUACCUAUUGGCGUAGCUUCGACAGAAUACAUCAACAAGCCGAAGGUUGCGAGUUCAUCUACGAUGAACUGUGCGGCACAACCCCAAAGUACGACCUUUACGAUCCGACAUGCACUCCAGUGACGUUUUCCAUACUCUUGUGGGAGCCUGUAACCCCACCGCCGCCAUCGCCACCACCAACUACGACACCGACUGAUGCGCCACCAAAAGGACAUCCUGGUCACCAGAACCCAUGGGAUAUAUUGAACCCAUUGAAUAUAUUGAAGCUAUGGAAGCAAUGGAAACCAGGGGAUCCAUUGAACAUAUGGGAGCAAUGGAAGGAAUGGAUCCAAGGCAACCAAAGCAAUCACUUGAACCCAUGGAAUCCAUUGAACAUAUGGAAGCAACGGAAAGAAUGGAUCCAAGGCAACCAAAGCAACAAAUUGAACGCAUGGAAUCCAUCGAACCUAUUGAAGCAAUGGAAACAAUGGAUUCAAGGCAACCAUAGCAACCAAUGGAACCCAGGGAAGCUAUGGAGUCCAUUGACGGACGUGGCGGAAGGAGUGACUGGGUCUAUUCAGUCCCUACUGAAUCCAUUUAAAGGCAAGUAAUAUUGCGAAUGCAGUAAUUGACUGUGACUACAGAACAAUAAAUAUGUAAAUUAAUAUAUUGUCAAACCGGAAGGCAUACAGAGCCCACCACUUCUUUCGCUAUGCGACACGAAUACGUAGGACCUGGCAAUGUUGAUAACGGUUAUAUUGCUUCAUUCCUUAUUAAUAAACGUUGCCUUUUAAGCUUGA